GCCCCCGGCGCGCACGCCCCUCGCUCCAUGGCAUUCCCGGGCGGGCGGGCGGGGACUCGGCGCGGGUGCCCUCGGGCCGGCGGCGGCAGCCCCUCCCCGAAGCCCUCAGGACCCCCGAGGCCCCGGUGCCGGCGGCGGCGGCCCCCCUAGCUCUGCCUGGAACCAUGGGUGAGGCCCGCAGGGACAGCACCAGCAGCCUGCAGCGCAAGAAGCCGCCGUGGCUGAAGCUGGAUAUCCCGGCCGUGGUGCCCCCGGCAGCAGAGGAGUCCAACUUCCUGCAGGUAGGCCCUGGCCAGCGGGGGCUGCAGGUGCAGCCCAUCCAGCCGCCUCACUGGGUCCCCGUUGCCCAGCCCCUGAGACGCCAGGCGUUCCUGCGGAGCGUGAGCAUGCCGGCCGAGCCCGCCCGCGUUCCCUCACCCCACCAGGAGCCCCGGCGGCUGGGGCUGCAGCGCCAGAUGUCCAUCACACAGACCAUCCGCAGCCGACAGGUGCGCUUUGGGCGUGUCCACACUCUGCCCCUGUUGGGCCCCCCUGCUGCCCGCAGGGCCCUCACACAGCGCUCGUCUCUCUCUCGGUCCCUGCUCAGGGGCACUGCUGACUGGUUUGGAGUGAGCAAGGAUAGUGACAGCACCCAGAAGUGGCAGCGCAAGAGCAUCCGUCACUGCAGCCAGCGCUACGGGAAGCUGAAGCCCCAGGUCAUCCGGGAGCUAGACCUGCCCAGCCAGGACAAUGUGUCGCUGACCAGCACUGAGACGCCCCCUCCUCUGUACGUGGGGCCAUGCCAGCUGGGCAUGCAGAAGAUCAUAGAUCCCCUGGCCCGGGGCCGGGCCUUCCGCUUGGCGGAUGAUGCCGCCGACGGCCUGAGUGCCCCGCACACGCCGGUCACGCCGGGUGCCGCCUCCCUCUGCUCCUUCUCCAGCUCCCGUUCGGGUUUCAACCGGCUCCCGCGGCGGCGCAAGCGCGAGUCGGUGGCCAAGAUGAGCUUCCGGGCAGCCGCUGCGCUGGUGAAGGGCCGCUCGGUUAGGGAUGGCACACUGCGCCGGCUCCAGCGCCGAAGCUUCACUCCUGCCAGCUUCCUGGAGGAGGACACGGCUGACUUCCCCGACGAGCUGGACACAUCCUUCUUUGCCCGGGAAGGUGUCCUCCACGAGGAGCUGUCCACGUACCCAGAUGAGGUGUUCGAGUCCCCAUCGGAGGCAGCGCUCAAGGACUGGGAGAGGGCCCCGGAGCAGGCGGACCUCACGGGUGGGGCCCUGGCCCGCAGCGAGCUGGAGCGCAGCCACCUGAUGUUGCCCCUGGAACGUGGCUGGCGCAAGCAGAAGGAGGGCGGCGCAGCGGCCCCGCAGCCCAAGGUGCGGCUGCGGCAGGAGGUGGUGAGCGCCGCGGGUCAGCGGCGGGGCCAGCGCAUCGCGAUGCCGGUGCGCAAGUUCUUCGCCAGGGAGAAGCGGCCAUAUGGGCUGGGCAUGGUGGGCCGGCUAACCAACCGCACUUACCGCAAGCGAAUCGACAGCUAUGUCAAACGCCAGAUUGAGGACAUGGACGACCACAGGCCCUUCUUCACCUACUGGCUCACCUUUGUGCACUCGCUCGUCACCAUUCUAGCCGUGUGCAUCUAUGGCGUGGCGCCCGUAGGCUUCUCACAGCACGAGACCGUAGACUCGGUGCUGCGCAACCGAGGGGUCUAUGAGAAUGUCAAGUACGUUCAGCAGGAGAACUUCUGGAUCGGGCCCAGCUCGGAGGCUCUCAUUCACCUGGGUGCCAAGUUCUCGCCCUGCAUGCGCCAGGAUCCGCAGGUGCAUAGUUUCAUCCACGCUGCGCGCGAGCGUGAGAAGCACUCGGCCUGCUGUGUGCGUAACGACCGGUCUGGCUGCGUGCAGACCUCGGAAGAGGAGUGCUCGUCCACGCUGGCAGUGUGGGUGAAAUGGCCCUUCCAUCCCAGCGCCCCAGACCUUGCUGGCCACAAGAGGCAGUUUGGCUCUGUCUGCCACCAGGACCCCAGGGUGUGUGAUGAGCCUUCCUCCGAGGACCCUCAUGAGUGGCCAGAUGACAUCACCAAGUGGCCGAUCUGCACCAAAAACAGCGCUGGGAACCACACCAACCACCCGCACAUGGACUGUGUCAUCACGGGCCGGCCCUGCUGCAUUGGCACCAAGGGCAGGUGUGAGAUCACCUCCCGGGAGUACUGUGACUUCAUGAGGGGCUACUUCCACGAGGAGGCCACACUCUGCUCUCAGGUGCACUGCAUGGACGACGUGUGUGGGCUCUUGCCCUUCCUCAACCCCGAGGUGCCCGACCAGUUCUACCGCCUGUGGCUGUCCCUAUUCUUGCACGCUGGGAUCCUGCACUGCCUGGUGUCUGUCUGCUUCCAGAUGACUGUCCUGCGGGACCUGGAGAAGCUGGCAGGCUGGCACCGCAUAGCCAUCAUCUACCUGCUGAGUGGCGUCACUGGUAACCUGGCCAGUGCCAUUUUCCUGCCAUACCGGGCAGAGGUGGGCCCCGCCGGCUCGCAGUUCGGCAUCCUGGCCUGCCUCUUCGUGGAGCUCUUCCAGAGCUGGCAGAUCCUGGCACGGCCCUGGCGUGCCUUCUUCAAGCUGCUGGCUGUGGUGCUCUUCCUCUUCACCUUCGGGCUGCUGCCCUGGAUCGACAACUUCGCCCACAUCUCGGGCUUCGUCAGCGGCCUCUUCCUCUCCUUUGCCUUCUUGCCCUACAUCAGCUUUGGCAAGUUUGACCUGUACCGCAAGCGCUGCCAGAUCAUCAUCUUUCAGGUGGUCUUCCUGGGCCUCCUGGCUGGCCUGGUGGUCCUCUUCUACUUCUACCCUGUGCGCUGUGAGUGGUGCGAGUUCCUCACCUGCAUCCCCUUCACUGACAAGUUCUGUGAGAAGUACGAGCUGGACGCUCAGCUCCACUGAGCUGGCGGGGUGCUGGCGCCGUGUGCCCUGUGGGCCGGGGCCAGGCCUGAGGCUCGGGACUCCGCCUGCGAGCCCUGCUCCCCUUGCACAGACCCCUUGUGCCGUGUUCACUGCUGUUGAACCCCUCGUACUUCCGGGCAUUUAUCACAGUAGUUCCCGAGAUUACCCUCUAACUAGCCUCUCGACGACCACCUCAUGUGGCCAAUAAAUGGACCGGGAGCGUUUUAGCUGCCACUAACUUGACCAGAGCUGCCUCCU